AGCGUGGUGAUGUGGUUAACACGCUGUGGUCCACCGCCAAAUUCAAAUUGUAAGGAAAAAAAGGGGGAGAAAGGGAGCAGCUGCAGCAGAGGACCGACGAUUAUCACAAGUAUCUGUUUGGGGAUUGACCUACCAGUCAAUAACCACACACAAAAUAUGGAUGGGUUUGGAAGAGCUGUGGUUGGAGUCUGGCGGGCGCACACAGUCCUGGAUGAAUCUGAUGGAGCAGAGAGCUCCCCAGAAGUUCCUGAUCGUUUCCGUAAGAUGCCUUCCUCAUCCUCCCUUGGCUCCCUGCGGAUGUCCUUGCGGAAGCGGCUGCCGCUCCGGUCAGUUCAGGCAAAUUCCUUCCCAGAAACAUCGACCACAGAAGUCCAGAAGCAGCAGCCCAAACCCAGCACAGCCCGCAAGCUCUCCCGCAGUGCCAGGAACUCCAUCAGCGAAAUGUGUCAGAGGUUUCAAAGGGCCAGAGAGUUUUCUCGUGAGGAGUGCUUGGUGGCCACCCCGGGUCGAGACCCAGAAAUUGCAGGUGCAUCAUCUUGCACUCCGCAGCGUACUCCUCGUCGAGCUGCAACACCCAGACGCACCCCUCGAUCUGCUGCCAAACCCGGCCGCACGCCGGGGUCCAGAGAACGAAAGACCCCUGAAGCCUCUGUACGUGGGGUGAAAACGGGGAGAGGCAGGAGGCAGCUGGUCCGAAUGGCUGCACUGCGAAGUCCCUUUUCUUCCCCAAACACAGAGAACCAGAGAAUAAAAUUUGACAAAGAUUUGGAGUCUGUUUCCAGUGGAAUCAGAAGGCUCAAACAUCUGUCCAAGGCUUUUGAGGACAUAAUUCGAAGAGAGGACAGGCCUGGUUCAAGCAACCGUCCUGGAGGGGCGAUGAUGAGAAAGUUGGACCCGAGUGGGAAACUCAGUCGGUCCAACCUCACGCGCCGCGCAUCAAAUCUCUCAAACACACUGGGAGGAUGGGCCAACACAGCUGUGAACACUAUCCGGAAACCAAACUGAAACACACAGAGCCUUCAGUUUCCAUGUUUAAAGGUGUUAUUGUGGUGUCACUGUCAAAUGUACUGAGAAACUUUCCUAUAGCUGCUUGAUUUUUGUCUUCCAUGUAUGUUUAGCAUUAUUUGUGAGUCUUGUGUUUACAUGUCUCAGGUUAGCUCUGUAGGGUGAACAUCCUCAUAACUACCAAAGGGAUUGUUUAAACAAUAUAUUUCAGUUACAUAUCCUAACUAGUAUAAAGAAAUGCUGCACUAUACUCAGAUUGUAGCUGUAAAACUAACGCUAAGUGUUUUGAGAGAGUACAGGUGCUUUGUCUUUACUAUAUGUGUAUGUAGAAAUUCUAAUGUUUUUAUAUUCCUUUUAAUAAACCAAAAUUUUAUAUUUUUUCUUUUUUA